AUGCUAUCUACAACCAGCGGCCUCACCAAGAGUAUCGAUCUGCAAGACCAUGAUGUGCGCAGCGUGCUAUGUAAAGAGCUUCUCCAAACCCUAGCUCAAGCACUUCUGACAAAUACUAUUCGAUUCGGCUCAAAGAUUUCUGCAAUUCACCAAAGGGGUUUUGUUAAUGAGGCCAAAUUUGAGGUUAAUAUAGGAUGCGACAGAGUUAAUUCGACGGUGGCAAAGUGGCUAGGGUUUGGAUCCUCAAAAUUGGCUGGACGCUCUACAUUUCUAGGGUUAGGGUGUUUUCCACAAGGCCACCAUUUUGAGCUAAUGAUGGUCCAGAUCUGGGGAGACGGAUUAAGGGCGGGCUUCGCUCCUUGCAAUGAAAGGGAUGUUUUUUGGUUCUUCAAUCGGAAGAGCCUUCCUCGAGGUAAAUACUGA